AUGUGGCGCCUUGUAGAAGUAACUGUGUGCCUUGCCAAAUGUGUUAAACCAUUUCGAGGUCAUGAUGAGUCUUCUCAUAGUUUUCAAAAAGGACUUUUCAAAGAAUUUGUUGAGUUGUUGUCCAGAUAUGAUAUGGUGUUACAAAAUCAUUUUGAAAAUGGCCCGAAAAAUGCAUCAUAUACAAGUAACAGAAUUCAAAAUGAUAUAAUUUAUUCUAUUCACAGUGUACUAUUACAAGAGCUGAAACAUAAUAUACAACAAGUACCAAUUGCCAUUAUUGCUGAUGAGACUAGUGACGUAGGUCAUCAUGAACAACUAUCUAUUGUACGUUAUUUUAGCCUCGCACUUAAUCGACCAAUUGAAACUUUUGUUGAUUUGAAACUAAUGUUAUCAGUAACUGCAGAAUCAAUUUUCAAAUCUUUAGAAAAUGUUAUUGAACAAUUUAAUUUAAACUGGAAUUCAGUUAUUGCCGUUUGUUUUGACGGAGCGUCAACCAUGGCUGGUAACGUUGCUGGAGUUCAAGCUAAAUGUAAAAUGAAAAAUGAAAAAAUUUUAUACGUCCAUUGCUAUGCACAUUGCUUGAACUUAACACUAAUGGAUGCAGUUGGUGCUAGUACUAAAAAUCGUCAACAAAAUAAAAUGGUUUCUGACUUUUUGGGAACUGUUCAAUUUAUAUAUUCGUAUAUUGAAGGAAGCCCAAUAAGACAUGCCAUUUUUGAAAGAAUAGCCAAAGAAAAUGGCAGUAAAUUGCAUACAUUAAAAUCAUCUUCACAAACUAGAUGGGCCUGUCGUUCAGAAGCAGUGAUAGCAAUUAAAAGUAAUAACAACGUUUUGUUUAAAGCGUUGGAAGAAAUAACUGAAAAUGUUUAA